AUGGCGGGGAUGUUUGCGAUUUUGUGUGGGCUCUUGAUUUGCCUAGGAAGCUUUGGAUAUGCCCAGGUAAUUGACGGUGAUGUUAUACAGGGAUAUAACUAUACAAGUGGGGUGUGGCAGUUCGAGGGUGAGGUGUAUGUUUCACGGGGGACGACUGGAGUAUCUGUCAUGCAAGUUUUCGGCGGUGUGGAACAUGCCACGGCUUUCAUGCUGCAUGUUUACGACGGAAAGCUAAUGCGAUACCAUGAGCAAUUGGUAGCGUCUGAUGUUUAUGAUCGCUGGAUUCAUCUCAACGUUAUCCACGAUGCAGACGAAGGGAAAGUGUCCGUGUUUGUGGAUGGGAAUGAGGCGCUAGUGGCCGAUGAUAGAGGUCGGGCCAAUCAUUACUUUAAGUGUGGAGUGUGCACUCAGACCGAUCCUUCAUCUUGCAUGGAAUCUCGAUGGAGAAAUAUCAAGGUUUGGAGGAAAUAG